GGCAAACAGGAUUAAUACACGAGAGAACUAGACACGACACGCUGGACAAAGUAUAGAACUAAACAAUCUGGCGGAGAACUAAGGACACAGGUGGUGGUUAAAUACACAGUGACUUGAUUACUGAUAGAGUGCAGGUGUGGAUAAUGAACCAGGUGAAGCAGGGACAGCUGUGACAGGACAUGAACCGGAAGUGAAGCUUGAGCAGACACAGAAACCAGGAGACUACCAAAAUAAAACAGGAAAUAACUAAAAACCAAAACCCAGAUCAUGACACUUAGCUGUAAUUGAACAAUAAACACCAGGUCUGAUUCUCUGGCUUCCUUUGGUCCUGAUGUUGCUACUGCACCCACUAUACUGAGACACUGAUGUAAAUCCAACUAAUUCACAUCACGUGACACAGUGAACAACGUUUCUGCCUCCAUACGAUCAAAGACAAACAAUAUAAAUGUCAGGUCUCAGUCAGCAAACCUCAGUUUAGGGAGCUGCCAACAGGUUUCAGUUUGCUGUGUCAUCCUUAAUAUUUGUUGUUAUUUCUAGGGAAACAGUUAUUGUGAUGAGCCAAGCAGAGAGAUCAGCCUCCAUAAUUAAUACUACGUUUGUUCGUCCUGUAGCUUUUUACAUCAAUGGCUUCACCGACAUCCCUCAUGCUCAGUAUUACUAUGUGUUCCUGUGCUUCAUCUACAUCAUGACUGUUGUUGGGAACGGUUUUCUGAUGUGUGUGAUUUACCUGGUGAAGACUCUUCAUUCUGCUAAAUACAUGAUUGUGUUCAGCCUGGCUUUAACAGAUCUGUGUGGCACCACUGCUCUCAUCCCUAAAGUCCUGGACACGUUCUUGUUUGACAGGAGAUACAUUGUCUAUGAGGCGUGUUUGAGUUACAUGUUCUUUGUUUACUUCUUUGCUUGUUUGCAGUCAUUAACGCUUCUCAUGAUGGGUUUCGACAGGUUCGUAGCCAUUUGCUUCCCUUUGAGUUACCAUCGUAUUGUGACUAAACCAGCUGUUGCUGUGAUGCUGCUGUGUGUGUGGGGUUUAUCACUGAGUGUUUUAGGAGUCCUUGUUGGUCUCAUUGACCGUCUGUCCUUCUGUGGGUCUCUAGUGGUAAAAAGCUUUUUCUGUGACCAUGGACCAGUGUAUAGGCUGGCCUGUAAUGACACAUCAUUAAAUUACAUAAUAGGAACAGUUGCUUUAACUCUAUUUGAUUGCAUUCCUUUAUUGCUAAUAGCAAUGACAUAUGUCUGCAUUUCUGUCGCUCUGAGCAGGAUCGCAUCUGGAGCAGAACGACUCAAAGCCCUGAAAACUUGUACUUCUCAUGUUAUUCUUGUUGCUGUAUUUUUCCUACCACUACUGGGCACAAACAUAGCUGGAGUGACUUCCUACAUCCAUCCUAUAGCCAGGAUGGUUAACUUUACUUUGACACACACUGUACCAGCUCUGCUCAACCCCAUCAUCUACUCUUUAAGGACUGAAGAAGUGAUGAAGUCUAUUAAGAAGCUUUGGAAAAACACCAGACCAAAUAAUAUAUCUGAAAUGAAAAUAUGAACUCAUCAAUGGCUCUAGUGACACAUAUAACUAUGUUUUAUACAUGUAACUUAGUUGAAAACUUCUUAUUUGUAUAAAUUAAGUCUAUUGUUUGAUACCUUGAAUUUGUGAGUUCUAUUGUUAAAUUAACCAUAUAAUAAAUUUGGCUUUCAGAAUUAAACAUGAGGAUCAUUGUGACUUGAUCUUAUUGGUACAGUAGCAACUGUCUCUGCUUCCUAAAUGUUCAUUUCAUGCCUCUUAGCUGUAAUUGAACAAUAAACUCCAGGUCUGGUUUUCUGGCUUCCUUUGGUCCUGAUGUUGCUACUGCACCCACUAUACUGAGACACUGAUGUAAAUCCAACUAAUUCACAUCACGUGACACAGUGAACAGCGUUUCUGCCUCCAUACGAUCAAAGACAAACAAUUUAAAUGUCAGGUCUCUGUCAGCAAACCUCAGUUUAGGGAG